UUUACAAAUGUCGGAUUUCACUUGUGUAUUGUUUCACCGUUGUUUAUUUUUAUAAUUGCUUGGAACUGGAACUUUACCUUGUGAAUUAUGUAUUAACUAAUCUUAUUAAUGACGAGAAAUAUUAUAUGCGAUAUCUGGUUUAUCUCUAAAAGUAGUUCAAUAAUGGCAUUGUAGUAAUUUCUGAAAAUGUGAUUAUUUUUCGAUUUUGGCUGCGUGCCAUAGUUUUAAUUGCAGUUUUAUUGAAAUAGGCAUCAUGAAGUGGUUGGUUAUUGUUGUUGUGAAGAUUUUAUGUGUGCAAGGGGCAGUUGGCUACUGUCCUUCUCUGUGUACUUGUAAAAGCAACAAGUCAGGCGAUGGGUCCUCAGCGGAGCCCCUGCCUGGUGAACUCUUGCGGCUCAAGUGUGGCGGGAGUCCCUCCCAGCUGACAGAACUCAAGGAGAUUGACCUGAGCAAAGUUUGGAAUGGUGUAGUGAGCUUGAACUUGUCUGGAAAUGCCAUAUCUACAUUAUCACGGGAGUUGCAUCUCCCUAAUCUGCAGAAAUUAGAUCUCAGCAGAAACCAAAUCACCCUGAUUGAAUCGGAUGCCUUCUACAACAUGACGUCGAUUCAAAAGCUUGAUUUGUCGUACAACCAGAUAAGUAACAUCUACAAGGAGAUGUUCAAAGGGCUGGUCAACUUAGAGAGAUUGGUGUUGAGCCAAAACCACAUAUCAGUGAUAACAGUUGGGACCUUUGACUACCUUGUAGGGUUAAAACAGCUAGAUAUAACUGACAACCCGCUGAUAUGUGACUGUGAGCUUUUGUGGGUUGGCGACUGGUCAAGGAACACAUCAGUGAAACUUGUCAACAAUCCAAAGUGUGCAUUUCCUGAAAACAUGGCAAAUAAGACUGUUCGCAAGCUAAAAAUAUUCCUAGACUUAUCAAUAUGUGGCAGCGUUCUACCCACCAACACUUUGAUUGUCAAACCAACUUACGAUCAAGUGGUUUUCGAAGGAGAUACAUUAACAUUGUCAUGUAACGCUCCAUUUGCAUCGGUCAUAGCCAAGUAUGAACUUAAAUGGGUGCAUCCAAUGCUUGAAAUCUGCGAUGUGAACGUCACAAACACUGACAUGCAAGAAGAAGGGCUAGCAGAGACUACGGUACAUUUCCCGAACAUAACCAACCAUCAUAUGGGUAACUGGACUUGCAUGUACAGCGAUGCAAACCAUAUCAAGCAUAACCACACUAUUCAAGUACUGGUCUUAUCGAAUGGGACUCAAUACUGUAUGACUAACCAUACUCUAAAUAACAAAGGACUGUAUUCUUGGCCCCAAUUAUUGUUGAAUCGAACAGCUGCUGUGCCGUGUCGUAGCGGAGAAGGCUUGGCUUAUAGACCAUGCUUUGCUAACGCUACAUGGGGCGAAGCCAACACCACUGAAUGUUCUUACAUUAGUAACGUAACAAAACUCCUUCAGCAAUUUGCAUUAUUAAACGUGAGUUUAGUCCAGUAUUCAGCAUUAAAUGCAACGGAGAGAUUAGGGGUGUUAAUUCAGGAGAAAACUUACCCUUUGGCGGAAAUUAAUGACCCCGAUGACGUCAUGUUCAUCGCAGAAGCGAUAAGGAACUACAUGCAAUACAUCAGGGAGGAGAAAGAUUUAGGAUCAUCCUUGCUAUCCGUGAUCAGCUCGUGCAUGAACAUAUCGAUGCCCGUGCUCGCACGUGCGGAAUCCGCACACGCGGCGUGCACGCGUCUGCUCCGCGCGUCCGAAGACAUCUCUGCUUAUAUCAGCAACGUGCAAGGACAGAAGUCGAACCUAGCCAUCGAGCGUUUCCCAGUGCGCGAAGGGUUCAGCGGAGUUACGUGCGUGUGGUACAGCGCUGCCAAGGGCUUGCCUCCGCGGUUACACUGCACUACUACCAACAGGACCGUCGCUCCGCUGCUGACUGUCACCGAUGCGUACAUACAUGCUAGUGUACAGAUCCCCCAAUCGCUCCUCUACAGUACCACCGAUGCCGGUACCUUACUGCAGUCCAGACCGCAAGACUUAGUCGUGUCGAUGUUCGAAGACGCAGCCCUAUUCCCGCUGCUGCCCGAACAGAAUGACAACGAAGGGGCCCACAGGAGUCAUAGAGCGAAGGAUUACUAUGGACGGAGUACUAAGAGGGAGGACAUGAAUAUGGAAAUCACAUCGCCGGUUAUAGGGUUUCAGUUGAAAAACGUGACCCUCCGCGGUGAGUUGUUAGAGCCGGUGAUAGCAACAGUGCGAGCAAGUUCAGUCGGCGGAGUGGACGGUCGUGCCGCCACAUGGGACCCGGAUUCGAGGCGGUGGCAGGACAAUGCCUCAGACUGCAAAGUGUCCCACGUGAUAUCCGAGAUGAUAAUAAUCAGUUGCACCAAACUGUCCUACGUUGGGCUCUUACAAAACGUCGAGACCGGCAUCUAUGGCGCACGCACCGACGGCGCCCGAUUCAAAGUCUCCCACCCGGCCGUCUACGUCGGCAGUUUGAUUCUCAUCGGGUGCGUUAGCUGUGCCACCCUCACAUACAUCAUGUCCUACUCAGCCAUACAGAUGGCCAAGAAAACCAAACAUGCGUUAAUAAACACAUGGAUCGCUAUAGGACUCCUUUGCUUCAUGUACACCCUAGGAAUCUACCAGACGGAGGACGUAAAGCUGUGCCAGAUAUUGGGAUUGAUAAUACACUAUUUGUCCCUUUCUUGUCUGCUCUGGAUGUGUGUGUCGGCUAGCAAUAUGUAUAAGUGGGUGACAAAGACGCACAAUCCCGUCCGGACUCCAGAAGACGAUAUUCCACCAGAUGUUCCCGUUCAAAAACCAAUUUUAGGGCUGUAUUUAGUUGGUUGGGGGAUAGCGUUGAUCGUCUGCGGUAUUUCUGGUGCCGUUAAUUUGAAGGACUACGCCGGUUAUUCCCAGUGUUUCUUGAGUACGGCGCCCGCUUUAAGCGCCUUAUUCGUUCCCGGGGGGAUUCUGCUGAUGUUUUUGCUGAUUCUCUUCUUGCUCAUUAGGUGUACGAUACGAAAUAUGAACGUUCAACUGUCUGAGGGUACUCAGGCGACUGAGAAUGUCGAUUUGGAAAUGUGGGAGCCGAAUCAAGCGGCCGAAGGGGCGGAGAGACGAAGUAUCAAAUCGGCAGUGGACUCGGAAAUCGAUGACAUUGAACAUACGCCGAUAAUACAGUUGCGUGCACAAGUUAUCGUGCUAUGCCUUUACAUGUCGGUGUGGUCUUGCGGUGCUAUAGCAGUGUACAGGCCCUUACCAGCGUAUCUGCCGUACCAAGAAGACAUCUGCAGCAUUAUCUAUGCUGUGUGCGCGACAGUACUGGGGACCUUUAUAUUGUUCUUCUAUGGCAUCGCCAGAAGUGACGUCAGAGCUCAGUGGUCGCUUAUGCACUGUUACUUGCAAAAAAGUAAGCAGUGCUGCAGAAAUAGGAGCGUAUUUGACACGAAUCAGCAGAAUCUGCCCACGGGACCGACGAAUACAGCGCCCGUAGUCCAUUCAAUACCCAACGAUAACAGAUCUAGAUCCGGGAGCAGAAGUUCAAAUAGAACUAACUCUAAGACCAACAACAGUGGGACGUAUAAAGGCGGAGCAGAACUAAAUGGACAGACCCUACAGAAAGACCUUCUCAAAAAUACUAACGGAAAAGCACCGAAUAUUAACCUAGUGGUCCUGCACAGACAGCAGUACAGAUCGAAUAACUCCAUGAUGACGUACCCCGACAGCGGGAAUAUAGGUCCAGAAAUAUUCUACAAUCCCAACCAAAUGAACGUUGCGAAGAAGUUUUUCAAAAAGCAAAGACAGAACAUGAAGAGAAACUGCCUUGAACUGCCAUUGAGGAGAGACUGCGAUAAUGAUUCUCAUAUUUCGCUACCACUGCCGACCAAAGAGGCUUACAAUGGCGUAGCUAAUAUUAUAAACGCAGGAACUAAAGUAAAUAACACUAAUCUUCACGUUGAACGAUCCAACAACGGUAUCAAAGAAACAAGAAACGUUUUAAAUCCCAAUUUACUAGAAGAGGAGCCAAAAGAUUAUAAAAACUACUCAAUGGAUAGAAAAUCCUGGAAUAAGACUGAGGAUCCUAAAACUAGUCGAACGCAAAUAAUGAAUAUUUACACAAACGUUCCCGAAACGCAAGUGCCACAGCAUCAGAUAAUAAAGUCCAAUGUGCCAAAGCCAUUUAACGGGCAAAGGAGUAGUGUUUCUGAGGAAUGCCUUCAAAGCCACGCUGAACAGCCAGAGAUGCGAACGAUAUCGCAGCAGUGCAGCUUGGAAUAUAGCUCAGCUUCAGAAAUGCCUCACACUUGCUCCGAUCAGACGCUCAACACCCAUUCAGAGAUGACAUCUUUCCAAGAAACCCACAGUGCCUUAUGUUCCACAAACGAAAUCACUGACACUGAGAGCUUCGGGCAGUACAUAGACUAUUUGCAGCCGACUAAAAACCAGGACAAUAAGGAAACUAUAGACAAGUCUCUUCAGGACAUAUCCGAGGAGUGCACAAUGAAUAGCGACGAAAUCAACCGCUCCAGCACUCCUCAGAAUCUCGGAGAGGCGGGAGAAAUGGAUAAUCUCCUGCAAAAUCCUGACAAUGAUAUAGCAGGAUCUAAAGAUAAAUUGGACGAGGACAAAGACGCGUUCUUCAUGGCGAAAACUACGUACGACUUCGAGACUUGCAGCACGAAUGCGAGCGAGCAAGGUUUUGAAAACGAGAGUGACAUUUACUGCCCGAACUAUCAGAUGUCGGAAGUCAGCAUACGCAGUCACGGGCUGUAUGCCCCGUCACCGUCUUCCAUGUGUCCGAACGAGAUAAGUUUUAGCAACGAGGACGUGUCAAACAUUGAGAGCCAGUACGUGAAUUAUGACCCUGGCUGGCGGAAGACAAUAAAGAGCAAUCCGAAGUUAGGCAAUUACGUUCCAACUCCCGCGUUGAGUUGUCCCGAAGUCAACAGGGAGAGUCCUGUGUCUUUCGCGAGUGAGUUAGACGAGUUGUACACGCAAAUAACGAGUAGGGACAAAGAGAGAGUGCAGCGGAAAGACCACGGUCUGGAUGUGACAGUGAAUAGUGACGUCACGCUGAAACCGGACAGUGACAGUUGUGUGAGUGAGGCCGUCUCGGAUAUGGAGGUAAAAGGGGAAACGACGGUGUGAAGUGCUUAGUAUUGUAUACUGCUGUGUCUUGUGAAUGAGCUACAAGCUUAUUUGAGUUUCGAUGCUGUGGAGUUACUUCUAUAAGCCGUGUCUGUAUUUUCGGACCUAUCCAUCAGUCUUAAUUUAAGAGAGAAAGCAAUAGAUAGACCUGACAACACAGAAACGGCGUUAGGGAGUGCUAACGUGGAGCCAGUAUUAAAUAUGGGAUAUAACAACAGUUUAGCUAAAUGGUAGCAUAAACAGAUUAACUUUUGCGUGAUUUUGAAUGUAGUUUUCAGGAAUUUAACAGAACAUAGUCUAUUAUUGCGAUAUCCUGUAUUGAAUUAUAGCACAAAUUGAAAGACAACGCGGUACGGAUCAGAUGAGCUUGUGGUUUUGUAAAUAAGAUUGAAGUAUAAAGAUAUUGUCAAAGUACGUUACGGCAUUGUAUGAAGUUACUGGUACUUUUGAUUUGUAAUUUUUGCAUUCAGAAUAAUCUUAUCGCCUUUGCCAGUCUAUUUGAAAAUAUCUUUAUAAAUCAUCCAAAAAUGGCGCUUAUCCUGCAUUUAAAAUUUUGAUUUGUGGGUAUGAUCUCCCAAUUUAUUAUAUCGGUCAAAAAGUUCACGGGCGGUAGUUUUGCAAAAUCGAUCAUAACAGGCUGACCUUUUGAUCGCCCUUAUGCCUCACAUAAUAAUAAGAGAGAUUACACGCUGCAUGUACUGUUACAACCCGGUUGAGUUAACUGCGUACCUGGCAGCCGUGACGUCACAUCGCCGCUCUGUUACGAACGAGGCGAACGCGGGGUGUGUGGGACAGAGUCGCAUUCCAUCGAAGUGCGCAGUUAGCUCGAUCGUGUUGUAUUCAUGCCGUAGAGUAUACAUAAUUAAAGGACAUCAUAAAUACGUAAUCCUACCGUUUGCAAUACUGUCGCCCGUAAAUUAGUGCCAUUAAUUUUAAGUUUGUAUAAAGCCUGGUCGCCGAGCACGUAGAAUUUCGUCCAAUGACCCCAAGCUACCCAUCCUUAUGGCUCGCGCGUAAUUAUGUUGCUGUCGCGCUCGCACACUCACUGCGGGCGCCCGUCGCACAGUCGCGACAGCAAUAUAAUUACGCACGAGCGAUAGGGAUGGGUAGCUUGGGGUCAUUGGACGAAAUUCUACGUGCUCGGCGACCGGACUAUAGCUGCUAACGUGUAUUAUAGUAUAUUGUAAAGUUAUUUAUAUUUAAGUUUACUGAGUGAGUGGCGGCAGCUUCUGUGUUGUGUAAAGGUAUGAGCUAAUAUACUAAUCGUAAUGUGCCAAAUCUAUAAUGGAAUGUUGCAGUGUUCUGAUCUUCCAUUUCAGACAUUUGGAUU